CUGUGCUGGUGUUGAGAAUUAAGUCUUGCGUAACUUUGUGGAGCUGCCAGAUUCCCCAAACCCCGUGAGAGUGCGAGACAAAGACUGGCGCCUUUGCAGGCCAGAAGAAGAAGCGAAGGGAACGAGUGUGAUUCUGCAACGUCAGUGACGCACAGAACUGCUGCCGCACGCUCUGUGUCACUUCUCUCCAGAUUGACGAUUUAGCCCGAAUCAGAGAUGCGAAACUUCUCUGGUAGAAUUCGGACGCCGGAAAGGGUGACGGAAUGAGGAUGUCUGCCUGAAUGCACGUGAGUUGUGUUCAGGUAGUGGAGCACCAUGCUGCUGAUAUCGAUGUUUAUCACUGUCCCAACUGUGAGCCCAUCCAUGGACCCUCCAUGAUGAAAAAGCGCAACAACUGGCACAGGCAUGACUACACUGAGCCAAAUGAUGGCACACGCCCCGUUCAGGCAGGAACUGCUGUGUUUGUACAGCAACUCCAGGCCAGGAGCUUUGCCAGUGGCCAUGAGAUUCUGGUGCCAAUGCAGGGGAGCCAGGUGACCCAGCGCUACCUGGAGAGGGAGGGCUUCCAUUACCCCAUAGUGGUCCAUGACCUGGAUGGACUGGGGCUUAAACUGCCCCCUCCCUCGUUCUCUGUCAGUGAUGUGGAGCAUUAUGUGGGUGCAAAUAAAGUCAUCGACGUGAUUGAUGUCGCAAGACAGGCAGACAGCAAGCUCAAGCUGGGAGAAUUUGUGAAAUAUUACUACCAGCCUGAACGACCAAAAGUGUUGAAUCUCAUCAGCCUGGAGUUCUCUGAUACCAGGAUGGCCGACUUGGUGGAGGUUCCUGAAAUUGCGCGGAAGAUGUCCUGGGUGGAGAACUACUGGCCUGAUGACUCGUUCUUCCCCAAACCAUUUGUGCAGAAGUAUUGCCUCAUGGGAAUGAAAAAUAGUUACACGGACUUCCACAUCGAUUUUGGAGGAACUUCGGUGUGGUAUCAUGUCCUCUGGGGAGAGAAGAUUUUCUACUUGAUCAAGCCGACUAAGGCUAACCUUGCACUAUAUGAGUCCUGGAGCUCAUCACCAAAUCAGAGUGAAGUAUUCUUUGGGGAUAAAGUCGACAAGUGUUACAAAUGUGUGGUGAAGCAGGGAACUACAAUCUUCCUCCCCACUGGUUGGAUCCACGCAGUGCUCACUUCUCAGGACUCCAUGGCCUUUGGUGGGAACUUCUUGCAUAACUUAAACAUAGGCAUGCAGCUCAGGUGUUAUGAGAUGGAACGCAGACUGAAGACUCCAGAUCUCUUUAAGUUCCCAUACUUUGAGGCCAUCUGCUGGUAUGUGGCCAAAAACCAUCUGGAGACCCUUAAGGAGCUGCGGGAGGAUAGAUGUCAACCUCAGGGUUAUCUGGUGGACGGCGUGAAAGCUUUAAUCUCAUCUCUGAAGACAUGGCUGAGGAGGGAGGUGACUCAGCCCAACAGUGAGGUUCCAGACAAUAUCAGGCCAAGCCGUCUCAUUAAAGCUCUGACCAAGGAGAUCCGCUACCUGGAGGAUGAAUCGAAUAAAGCUGGAAAAUCUCAGGGAAGUGACGAGUGCCCUUUAACGCGCUCGUCACUGGAGAAGGGAUAUCAGGCGCAGCGGGCCGCCCGGCGGCUACGAGACCAUCGCCAUCGACACCACCAUCAUCAUCAUCACAGCCACAAACUGCCCUCUAACCUGGACGUCCUGGAGCUUCACACCCUGGAGGUAUUAAAGAGACUGGAGGUCGGCCCUCUCGAGGUGGACCCAGCCUUCAGCUCUAAAGUGAAUGGCAAGUUCAAGAAAGUGUCUUCAGUGUCAGCGGUAGCUGUGGAGGCUAGUAAUGACAAUGCCCUGCGCCUGGUGCUAUGUAACGGCAAAAUUAUGCGGGAGAGAUUACCCAUCAGCGACGUGGCAGCCAAAGUCGGUGGAGUGGAAGUGUUGCAGUACCAUCAGCACGGGAUCAAAUUGGAAAGAAUGUCGACGUGCCAACAAGAAAAAGUGAAAAAGGAAAAAGCAGACAGUGAAUUAAGAGUGCACUGCACCAUCAAGAAACCAUUCGAUCACGAUGUAACCGUGCAGACAGAGCUCAGGACGGAGUCGACACGUGUGGCGUCUUCAGACAGUGACUCGGAGUCAGAAGAAGAAGAUUCUGCUGAGAAACACUCGGAGUCCGAGAGCUCUGAGGAAGAGGAUGGAGAAAGCAAGAGAGACUCAGGGAGUUUUGUGGAGCAUCUGAGCGGCCACCGUAAGCAGUCGCUAAAACGAGAACGUCCUACCUCACCGAGCACAGAGGAAGCCAUUCAGGGCAUGCUGUCUAUGGCGGGGCUGCUGUGUCAGCGGGCGACGGCAGGGGGCGAUGUUUUACAGCAGCGCUGGUGGUCCAGUCAGGGUAACAGUAACAGCAGCAGCGACGCUUGGGACAGCAGCGAGCCCUGCUCGGCGCCCCGCAGCCCGGAGGGAGAGGAUGGGUGUCUCAGAGAGGAGUAUUCCUAUAGAGAGAGCUCGCUUUCUCCUCCCCUCCACCCCUCCAAAAGACACGCCCCCAACCCCACGCCCAUCAGCAACCAGGCCACUAAAGGAAAGCGUCCUAAGAAGGGCCAGGCGACGGCUAAGCAGAGGCUUGGGAAGAUACUGAAAAUGAGCCGCCACAAAGGCUUGUUCCUGUAGCAUGACGGAGGAAAGGAAGAGACGUGUAAUAAAUCAACACAGCUGCUUUUCUUUAUACGCUGGGACUAUUCUCACACACACACACACACAGUUCUCUUACUCACUGUGCAUGUUUAGGCGACAGGGUAUGUUUAAUGGCUCACUUCUUUAGUUUUCCACCAAUCACACAUCGUCCAUCGGCGCUGGAAAACCGCUCAACUUUGAACGGCAUUUCAGCAGCCAGUAGUUUGAAGAGGAAGCAUCGAAGCGUAUAGCCGGAGGUCCAGAGAGCGGCCGUGUGUCUCCUCUCCCCCACCCUACCUCUUACCGCAUCCGUAGCACGUCUUCCUAGCCCUCCACAGCCCCACACCGGUCUUCGGAUUCCCUUCAAGUCACGAUCGAUCCGCCUACUUCUCCCUCCUUUGAUCGUCUCAGGCUGACGUAUGAGCUUUUGAAAUGGUGCUGAACAUUUCUAAACCCUUCUCCAUUCCCCGCCCCCUUUAAGCAAUAAUUGUACAGCGGCGAGUGAUGUAUUGAUGAAUUAGCGGGGAUGCACUUUUAGGAUGCGCAGGAAGUCCUCCCGGAGCGGGGAGUAUCGUACGCCCCGUCAAAAAGUGGCAAAGGUGCAUCAUGAAUUUUUCUUGGUUUGACUGUUUGUGCUGCAUUUAUUCCCCCGGUGGACUUAAACGGGCGAUUUAAAGGAGCGUUUCGGGGCGCUUUUUAUCCAAAUUCGCUUGAGGAAAAUCAAUUUGAGUUCGUAAGAAAAAAGUUUAAUUUAGAAAGAAAGAAGACGUCUAGCAGUUCUUGUCAGAGAACGUUUUUCUUUUUAACUAUACAUCUUCCAAAAGAUAGUGAAAUAUUGCGUUUACACCGUUUAUGAAAAAGCGUCUCCUCUCGUUGCUUUUUGUCGUGACCUAGUGGCCACAGAGAGGUACUGCAUCCUGCUCGCGACGUCGUUCGUGAUCGACAAUGACUUCUCGCUCGUUCUGCGUAAUUUAUGUUCCGUUUUGAACCGUUUCUUUUUGUUGUUGACUGGAUAACUUAUUUAUUAAUUUCAGAGAUAUAAGGAUUUAUAUUGCGUUGAGUUUCCCGUUUUUUUUGUUCCUUCGCGUCGAGUAGUUUUUGUAAAUAGGAGUAUCGUUUUGAACGUCGCCCGUUUAAGAGGAAUGAGCUUUGGUUUAGGUUCAGCUUUAUGGAUUUCGUAGUUAACGCGUUUAAUGCUACUUCAAAAGAAAUUUGAACGGCUUUUCCUGUUCAAUUUACCUCUGAAAUGUUAAGCGAGUUGGUUUGAAUAACGUUGCUUUGUUGAAACGGGACGAAAGAAUUUCAGUGGGAACAACGACAAAAAAGAAAGAAAAGAAAAGUGGUGCUUGUUGUGUGUGAAUUUCUUAGAGAGGCUACGAAACGUUUUCUCAGGGAACAUCGAACAGGUGACAUCUUUGAAUUCAUCACCAGCACUCAUACAAUCUCGUUUUAUACAAGUUUGCCAACAAAUGUGUGUAUAUAUAUAUAUAUAUAUUCCCUAUUAUUAUUAUUUUCGUCUAGCGGAUGGAAAUCCCAGAUUCAGAACUAAACCGCGUCCGCUUGUGAAGUACAUGAAACGAUCGGUGGACUUUGUGCAUGGGGCAGCGCCGACGGACUCCGAUCGGCCCUCUUCUCGUUAGAGGUCCGUUGGUUUAAAAAGCAAAUGCACUAUUUCGGAUGACUCGAGUUAGAGGACUGUUGAAACUCAGGCUUCGUUAGUUUUGAGUUCUGCUCUUGCGCAUGUUUUUGUGAAAAAGAAAACGACGCCCCGUUCACUAACCCUGCCCGGCGACGAGCACCCCUUCGGCUUUGUCCUUCACGUUUGAUCAGCGGAGCCGGUUUUCCUUUUAUUUUAUUUUUUUUUGCUUCGACGCAUUAAUUGUACAGUAUUUAUUCAUCUCUAGCAUUCGUUUCCAUUUUCGACUGUGGUAUAGACACAAUGUCACUGUGUUUUCAAAUGCUGUGUUCCGUUCCUCCUCUCCCAAAUUUCCCAGAGUUCUCUUUGAAAGUUUUGGAUGUGAUGGAAUUUCUCCAAUGCAAUGUGUGUAUAUAUAUAUACACAUAUAUAUAUAUAUAUAGAUGAGAGAAAUGUUUUGUAGAUCACACUGUUUUCCCCCUUCCCUUUACCAAAUGUUAAGUGAUAAAACACUGUUCUACUGACA